CUGAUCCAAUUCAAAGCAGACAUCAACGCCGUGAACGAGCACGGGAACACGCCUCUGCACUAUGCCUGCUUCUGGGGCCACCUUCUCCUCCCUCAGGACCUCGUGGGCAACGGGGCCUUGGUCAGCAUUGCUAACAAGUAUGGUGAGACGCCCAUUGACAAAGCCAAGACGCCACUGCGAGAGGUCUUGAAAGAGCGUGCGGAGAAGCUGGGCCAGAGCCUCACCAAGAUCCCCUACAAGGACACCUUCUGGAAGGGCACAACCCGCACGCGUCCCAGAAAUGGGACUCUCAACAAACUUGCUGGAAUAGACUUCAAACAGCUGAGCUUGAGCCAAAAACUCAAUGAGAACCAGUCAGGAGAGUUGUGGAAAGGGCGCUGGCAAGGCAACGACAUUGUCAUCAAAAUGCUGAAAAUCCGGGACUGGGGCUGUCGCUUCUCUUGCAGGAUCUUUUCUCACCCCAACGUGCUGCCGGUGCUGGGUGCCUGCCAGUCCCCCCCAGCGCCCCACCCCAUCAUCAUCAGCCACUGGAUGCCCUCCGACUUUGUGGUGGACCAGAUGCAGGCGGUGAAAUUCGCCUUUGACAUCGCACGGGGCAUGGCCUUCCUGCACACGUUGGAGCCCCUCAUCCCACGCCACCACCUCAACAGCCGCAGCAUUAUGAUCGACGAGGACAUGACGGCACGGAUCAGCAUGGCUGACGUGAAGUUCUCCUUCCAGUGCCCGGGGAGGAUGUACGCACCAGCCUGGGUGGCCCCGGAAGCCUUGCAGAAGAAGCCAGAGGAGAUCAACAGGCGCAAAAAAAAGACCUUCGCCGUGCUGCUGUGGGAGCUGGUGACCCGCGAGGUGCCGUUCGCAGACUUGUCCAACAUGGAGAUAGGCAUGAAGGUGGCACUGGAGGGGCUACGCCCAACCAUCCCACCCGGCAUAUCCCCACACAUCUGCAAGCUGAUGAAGAUCUGCAUGAAUGAGGACCCAGCCAAGCGCCCCAAGUUUGACAUGAUUGUGCCCAUCCUGGAGAAGAUGCAGGAGAAGUAG